AUGGCGACGGCGAACACGGAAAUGGCGGUCUACUGCUUCGACGUCAUCCAGGCCCAACUGAAUCGCGAGAAAGAACCGCCCGCGCCAAGAGAGAUUCCCAAUGUGAAAUUGUUUGUUUCCACUCUCAAAAACUUGUGAAAUGUCCCAUGUCAGGCCGCUGUUCGUCACUUGGAAGAUUGGGGCUCGCCAGGAUUUGCGUGGAUGCAUCGGCACGUUUUCCGAGGAUCUGAGGUAGUUUCAAAGUGAAAAUGAGAUGAAAAUGAGUUUGAAACGAAUUGCAGGUUGACCGAUGCAUUGAACGAAUACGCGAAAACGUCUGCAUUCCAUGACUCGAGAUUCAAGCCGAUCGGAAAGGAGGAAAUCCCCAGUCUCCAGUGCGGAGUCUCUCUUUUGGUCAACUUUGAGAAGAUCAAGGAUUGGCGUGACUGGUCGAUCGGAGUACACGGAGUUCGCAUGAACUUCGACGACGGACAUCACAAAAGAAGCGCGGUUUUCCUUCCGGAAGUGGCCUACGAGCAGGGAUGGAGCCACGAAGCCACCAUUGACAGUCUCAUUCGGAAAAGCGGGUUCGUCGGGCACAUCGACGACAAUCUCCGUGCGAGACUUCGGGUCGUCCGCUUUCAGAGCUCGAAGUUCGUGCUCGAUUACAAGGUAUGCACGAGAAUAGGAUACCUGGAAACGAUUUUCAAUUUCAGGAUUAUGUGCACUACAAGAAGGCUCACGGACUUCCUCAUCAUCGUUAA